AUGUCUUCCAGCGAUGACAUCGCCCAAGACGCCACCAUCAGCCGUAAAAGACGCGCCAAUGCCAACAUGGAAGCCUCAGCACCCAAACGCCAUCAUCCCGACGCCGUCGAUCAACUUCUCGAAACGAUGAACUUCCAGCAGCAGCAAAUCGAGAAGGCCACAGCCAUUUGGAUCAGACUCAAGGGUGGCGAAGACAAGCUAGGCGAUGCAAACACCAAUUUCUUGAGCGUUGUCAAGUCGGCCAUGUACAGUGGAAGCCUGGCUAUCAAGCUGGUGGGAAAGCAAGAUGCCGAUGAAGCCGAUCGUGACNAGAUCGAGGAAAAGUUGCGUAUGAUGGAAGCCUCCCUCGUCGAGAAGCAAAACGAAAACUUCGACAUCCUGCAAGAGGACAUUGAAGGAGACAUCUACGACACAGCCACCGAAGCUGCGGACAACCUGCUCUUCUCUCCAAGAUUUGCUGAAGCCAUCAGCAACGCCGUUGUCCAAGACCCCAACAUUGUCUGCGAUGACGAGUUGGUUGAGGUCAAGAAGUUUGUCUGUCGUCAGAUGAAGGUUGCAAAGGAUGCCCCCGAGGACUCCCAGGACGUUCUUCGUGAGCACGAGGCUGAGAUCGGUUUCGAAGGUGCGGUGUACUAG